UGCAGAAUGUUAAUACUGUCUCUUCUAUUAUCAUAGAAAAAAAAAAAAAAAAGACAGGAAUAGAUACAUACCAGGACUUUAUUUCAGGGAAGGUUUGGGCUUAAUGUUUGUUGUGACAAAGCAGACGGGGUUAAUUUAUGUCCUAGGAGACUACUUAUGAUGGCAGUAAAGUGGUUUUAUGAAGGGAUUUGAAGGCUUUCAUUCUACAUCUCUAUUCCACUUGGAUUGGUAGGGUUACUGAGUAUCCUUAAGUUUUAGGUUUCCUAUAAGUUUCUUUUCUUGUUAAGGCUGCUCCUAUACGGAUAUUCCUUUGAAACUUAGAAGUAAGUAUUAUUGCAAUUGUGUUAGGUUCUUGACUCUUAUGUUCUUCUUUCCUAAGAAUUUUGCAUUUUUCUUCUCUUUGAAGUACAUGCAUUUUAAAUAUGUAUUUAUUUAUUUAUAACAGCUCAGAGACAACUUGAAGCAAACAUUCCAACUCUGUGAACUUCAAUCUGAAAAUAAAUUUCAGGUCUGGUGAGUGAGUUACUGUAAUAGUUUCAGCUUCAUGGAUCUUAAAGAUGAGGAAAUAGUGGGGAAAAGAGUCAAAUAUGAUAGCUUCCAGUUGUUAAAGAAACAACUAGGCACUGAGUUUCAUAAUUUAAUCCAGUUUGAUAAUUCCUUAAGUAUGAAUUCAUUCCUCAGAGAAUCUGAAAUAGCAGUGAGGGGCACUAGCACAUCAGUGUGACCCAAGAGAAACAGAACUAUCUAAGGAUCUAAAACUAGUUAUUUCCCAGACUCUGUUUUGCUUUUUUGGUGUCCUCUGUUCUUUCUUUGUGCAUUAAGAUCACUGUAAACAUAAAACAGGGGAAGCCCUGUGCUCAUCUCACACACUAUUUCAGUAUGGUUUUCUUUGCAUGUUCUCCAAGGUAAUGUCUCAGUGGCCCCUUUAAAAUCCUGCUUGAAUCUUAUGAUAGCUGAGAUCUAAGGGGGGAAAAACCAUUGUCUUUCUGUGAAAAUCAGAACUUGUUCCUAGAGGAAAAGGGAAUUUGAAAGAGAUUAGACAUAAGAACUCUUCUUUUCUAGCUUUAACUGCUGAGACUAUGAAAAACAAAUGAAAAAUAACAUCUUGGGCAUUAGGACCCAGUGGAAGUGCCUCACUCAGACUGGGUUAACUUCUCUCCGUGACGUAAAGGAGCUGCCCCAGCUCAUUCUCUACCCGCAGCCCCCCCCAUCUCUUUCUCUCCUGCUCCUGUUCUCCCCCCUUUCUCCUCCCUUUUUCUUCCCUCCCUCCCCUGCUCCCUCUCUUCCCUCCUCCCUCCCCCUUUUCUCACCUCCUCCCUUUUCCUCUCCCUCUUCUCUCUCAGCUCUCUAACAUUAAAGAGAAAAUGCUGGUAUCAGUGACUUCCAGGCCUGGGAUUUCUACUUUUGGCUAUAACAGAAACAACAAGAAGCCAUAUGUGUCAUUGGCUCAGCAGAUGGCACCACCUAGUUCAAGCAGCAGUACCCCUAAUAGCAGCAAUGGAAGCAGUGGAAAUGACCAGCUGAGCAAAACCAACCUAUAUAUCCGAGGAUUGCAACCAGGCACUACUGACCAGGACCUUGUCAAACUGUGUCAACCAUAUGGCAAGAUUGUUUCCACUAAGGCCAUACUGGACAAGACCACAAACAAAUGCAAAGGCUAUGGCUUUGUGGAUUUUGACAGUCCUUCAGCAGCACAGAAAGCUGUGACAGCACUGAAAGCCAGUGGUAUACAGGCGCAGAUGGCAAAGCAACAGGAGCAGGACCCCACAAAUUUAUACAUCUCAAACCUCCCACUGUCGAUGGAUGAGCAAGAACUGGAGGGGAUGCUGAAGCCCUUUGGCCAGGUUAUCUCCACCCGAAUCCUUCGAGAUACCAGUGGGACUAGCAGAGGGGUUGGCUUUGCAAGGAUGGAGUCCACAGAGAAGUGUGAAGCCAUCAUCACCCACUUUAAUGGAAAAUAUAUUAAGACACCCCCUGGAGUACCAGCCCCAUCUGAUCCUUUGCUUUGCAAAUUUGCUGAUGGUGGACCAAAGAAACGACAGAACCAAGGAAAGUUUGUACAGAAUGGACGGGCCUGGCCAAGGAAUGGAGGAGACAUGGGUGGUAUGGCAUUGAACUAUGACCCCACCACAGCGCUUCAGAAUGGGUUUUACCCAGCCCCUUAUAACAUCACCCCCAACAGGAUGCUUGCUCAGUCUGCACUGUCCCCAUACCUUCCAUCUCCUGUGUCUUCCUAUCAGAGAGUGACUCAGACAUCUCCUCUACAAGUACCUAACCCAUCUUGGAUGCACCACCAGUCAUACCUCAUGCAGCCUUCAGGUUCAGUUCUGACACCAGGGAUGGAUCACCCCAUUUCUCUCCAGCCUGCCUCCAUGAUGGGACCCCUUACCCAGCAACUGGGCCACCUCUCCCUCAGCAGCACGGGCACGUAUAUGCCAACAACUGCAGCUAUGCAAGGAACUUACAUAUCCCAGUACACCCCUGUGCCUUCUUCCAACGUUUCAGUUGAGGAGAGCAGUGGCCAGCAGAAUCAGGUGGCAGUGGAUACACCCUCUGACCAUGGAGUCUAUUCUUUCCAGUUCAACAAGUAACAGUGGGCCUGGGCCUGGAAAAAGAAAUCUCUACGCACCUGCCCUCUGCUAUUUCUCCAUUGGUGAUGGAGCCUGGGGGAGCCAUUACUUUAUGUGUGUGCUACAUUCAUGGAGAUCAGAAAACCUUUUUUCUUUUGCAAAGAAAGUUUUUUGUUUUAACUGCAGUGUAUUCUUUCCUCACCCCAAAGAGACAUGGUGGCUGGAGAUUCUUCUCAUCUAUAUGAAAAAUGGUUUUUGAUGUAUUGGAACUUUGGGGAAGGAUUUUAAAACAAUUUACAAUUAUUUCUUUAAAAAACAAAACAGAAAGAUAUGAUACUAGAACAUUGAUGAAGAAGCCCUACUUACUGAGUUUGGUUAUAGACUUUUUUUUUUGAUGUGUGUGUAUAUGUUUAAGAAAAUAUGCAGACUUUUAAAUUUUUGUUUUGUAAAGCUCUCAGCCUCACACACCCUGUCUCCUCUUUCCCCAUUUUAUCCCUACUUUCUCUCAUCCAGAUUGUUCUUUUUUCUCUUUUCCAUACAGCUGAGCCAGCCUACUUCACCUUUUUACAGUUGUUAAUUUUGUGGAUUUCUUUUCUGAAUGAAAUUUCAUGUGGGAUUUUUGAGGAGCUGGGCAAAGAACAAGGUAGAACACUAAGCAGGCAAUGGAAGUGGCUUUUCUUUCCUCUGCCCUGCCACAUCCUGGGAGAAAAAAAUAAGACUUCGGCUUGAGGAAGCAGAGAUGUGACCUAGGCCCAUUAAAGAGACAACCCCAUGGCUCUUGGAAGCUGCCUUUGACCCAAAUUUGGUUGAAGACUAGGUCUUCCCUGGCAAGUUCCAGAAUGACAGACUUCUGACUAACUUUUCUCACUGCCAAGGCCAACACUAUCUGAGGAAGUCUCUUUUCCAGCUAUAGCUUUUUGGGAAUAUCUGCUUUCCUGCCUCCUGGAGGAUCUUUUCUGCCCUGUGUCAUGGCCCCGCUCUUCCCUGUUGCAUGUUGCUGUGCUUAGAGUCUUUGCAGAUGUGACCUAGCUGAAUCCACAUACGCCGCUUCCCUGCUGUGGAAGAUCCACUGCUUUACCCAUAGACCAGUGGUUCUCCAUCAUAGGUGGUUUUGUCCCACAGAGGACGUUGGCACUAUCUGGAGACAUUUUUGAUUGCUAUGCCUGGGGGUGGGUGGUGUGUGUACUACUGGCGUCUUAGGGGCUAGAAACCAGGGAUGCUGCUAAACAUCAUGCAGUGCACAGGACAAUCCCCACUACCCCCAACAAAGAAUUAUUUGGCUCAAAAUGUCAAUAAUGCCACGAUUGAGAAACCUUAAUGUAGACAGGGUUGUUCCUGCCUCCUCAGGUAGGGUAAAUUCCCACCCCAACCUGGAUAUGCAGUGCCUUUUGACACCAAUGCAACCGGUUGAAAGGGAGGGACUUAACUGGGAUCCUUGAAUUCUCCUGCAGCUUUGACCUUUGACACCUCUGCAUACAGCAAGAGCUGUCCUUGAAAGGCUUGUGGCUGCUGUGCACAUGCCAAAUGCACUCAUAUACUCAGAGUGAUCGAGGUGGGGACUGUUCUGUGUGUGUGCUGUGUAGGCGUGGGAAAAGGACAAAGCUCUCUGUAACUGUCCAGAGUGACCUGCCCUGCCCUGGUGUGUUUGGACCUCUUCCCUAAGAAACCAGGACAAAUAAGUUUCCUUCUUAUGGAAGGACAAUAGGGAGCUAGGAUAGAAAAGGGCAAUAAGUUCUAUCUCAUUAUUUAAUAUUUAAGGACGCAUUAUUCAGGAGUCCUUUUGAAAAGCCUGUGACUUACUCUUUAACUGUCUCCUGCAAGAUCUGACCUUGUACACAUGGAGUAAGAUAAAAUAAAGCCUUUGCCCAUCUUCUAGGAAAUAAGAUCCUGCUCCUGUCUUCUCCCAGUCACCCUCUUAUGCACUGAAAGGAGAAUUCUGCUCCCCUUCAAUUCAAGGCCAGAUGCUUCUCCUCCAGACAAUCAGACAAAGGAAGUGAUUCAGGAUGGAGAAACAGGUGUUCAUUAAACUGGCUUUUGGGACAGGAAGGGGGUGAUAGCAGGGGAAGGAGAAACUGUUAUCAGUUUUUGCACAUAGGGCUUGGGCCCUGCUUUCUCUUCCUCCCCAGCCACCCCAGAAAUGACAGUUCCAAUGCUCCCUACUGAGGGUAAGGGAUUUGGGGGCAAAGCAGUGUAAAGCAGAAGUCCCCAACCUUUUGGGCACCAGGGAUUGGUUUCAUAGAAGACAAUUUUCCAUGGACCAGGGGUGGGAGGGAUAGUUUCAGGAUGAUUCAAGUGCAUUACAUUUAUUGUGAGUAAAACCUCUCUCCUAAUGAUAAUCUUUAUUUGAAGCCACCCCCAGCACUAGCCUCACUGCCUCCGCUCCACUUCAGUUUAUUAGGCAUUUGAUUCUCAUAAGGAGCGCGCAUGCACGGUUUAUAAUAGGGUUUGUGCUCCUGUGAGUAUCUAAUGCUGCCACUGAUCU